AUGAAGCCGAACAUGCGUAAAAGAUCGUCUAUUUUUCAAGAAGUCGACUAUUCCUUCACAGUAAUGCUCUUGGGAGACAGCUGUACAGGAAAAACUUGUUUAUUGGUACGUUACAAAGAUGGUGCAUUCCUGAAUAACAACUUUAUUUCCACAGUUGGAAUUGACUACCGAAACAAAGUCAUCGAGAUGGAAAGCAAGAAAAUUAAACUUCAGAUAUGGGAUACGGCCGGUCAAGAACGAUUUCGUUCCGUUACUGCCGCAUACUACCGAGAUGCAGAUGCAUUACUACUUGUAUUCGACGUUUCGAAUCGAGGAAGCUUUGAAAAUGUCCGGAACUGGCUGGCACAGAUCCGAGAAUAUGGGAAAGAAUCUGUACAAAUUACAUUAGUUGGGAACAAAUGUGAUCUUGGAUCAUCACGAACUGUUAAAUCUGAUGAAGCACGACAUUUAGCAGUGUCCUAUGGUAUUCCCUAUAUCGAAACGAGCGCUAAAACAGGUCACAACGUCAACCAAGCAUUCGUUGAUAUAGCACGGCGACUAAUUGCAAGUUCAACUGGAGAAAAAUAUGGUGAAGUUGUGGAUUUGGCAACAUCAGAUACGAAAUGGAAUUGUUGUUAUGGUUCUUAUUGA